GAUACCUACUCCCACACUUUCCCCUCUGCCUCUAUAUAAUUUUAAGGUAACCAACCAAUCCCAUUGACCUCCAAAACUUCCCAAAGAAACCAAACACAGGCCGGCAGAGACCCAUCCCAAGAAGAAGAAGAAGAAGAAGAAGAAAUGGCGAAGCUAGUUCGAGGUCUCAAGACCGGGUUCCUGAACGUUGUCGGAGCUCUCAAGUGCGGCGGCCGACCAGCCACCGUCGAAGCGCCCAUCUCGCCGGCGCCGGCAGCUGCGGCCGGGAAGCUUGAUGGUGGUGGUGAUGAGGUGGUUUAUGUGCAAGAAGAAGCUAAUAAAGUCCAUUUCGUCGGUGGAGCUAAGGAAGAUCUUUAUGUCGGAGAAGCCGAGUAUGAAUCUGUCCAGGUACUGAGAAUCGUCCAAAACAGAAAUGUUGGAGUUCCCAGAGGCUCCCGCCCUGGAACCGGCUAGAUCUGGCUGUUGACUUUUUCUGGUUUCUCGUCCAGUUUUUUCUUCUUUUCGAAUUUCAUCUCAAAUAAAUUUGGAUUGCAUCUGAGUCGGGAAGUAUAAUGCAUAGUCUAUUUAUAUUUUAUUUGUAAGUGUAUGUAAUACUAAUAUGUAGUUUUAUUG